UAAGUCUCGUACAUAUCUAUUAUAUAAAGCUUAUUUGGCAACUUUACCUCUCUUCUUCGCCUGCAACCUGCUUCUUUCUCUUUUUGCUAAAUUCUAACCUUAAGAGCUCAGUCAUGUCGGACGAAGAGCAUCACUUCGAGUCAAAGGCUGAUGCAGGAGCAUCCAAGACCUACCCUCAGCAGGCUGGAACGAUCCGUAAGAACGGAUACAUUGUGAUCAAAGCAAGGCCUUGCAAGGUCGUUGAGGUUUCAACUUCCAAGACUGGCAAGCAUGGUCAUGCUAAGUGUCACUUCGUUGGAAUUGAUAUCUUCAAUGGUAAAAAGCUUGAAGAUAUUGUUCCCUCUUCUCAUAACUGUGAUGUUCCCCAUGUUAACCGUACCGACUACCAGCUAAUUGACAUUUCUGAGGAUGGAUUUGUGAGUCUGUUGACUGAAAAUGGUAACACAAAGGAUGACCUGAGGCUCCCAACUGAUGACAGUUUGCUCACUCAGAUCAAAGAUGGGUUUGCAGAAGGGAAAGACCUGGUUGUGACUGUCAUGACUGCCAUGGGGGAAGAGCAGAUCUGUGCUCUCAAGGACAUUGGCCCAAAGUAGCUUUCUUCAUUUGUUCAGACUGUUACAUAUUUUAGCUGAAGAUUUUUUUAAGGGUUCUUUCGGCGUGCCAUUUCAGAUUGAGUAGAUUAUAGUAGUUUUUGGGACAGUUUUAUUUGGGUUUAAAGCCCAGGAUUUCUUUUCAAGCAAUCAUUGGUUUUCUGUGGGGGAUCCAUUUAAUUGUCGUUACUUCCAUUCUACUUGCUUUCUAUUCAAUAUUUUUACUGCUUUAUGCUAGAAAACUU